AAGAAGAAGAAAAAUACUUAAAGGGGGCUGUGGAAGCAGGAGAAGAGAGGGAGAAAGUAUUGAAAUUGUGCCUAGUUUGGAUGCAAGCAGGGAUGGUGCACCCCGGCUGGCUUUGCCUGCUGCAGGCCUCCCUCCUCCUGCUGGCCAGAGCGCGGCAGAGCCGCGACCCCGCCGGCGCCUGCCCGCUCCGCGGAAAGCAAAGCGAGCUGAACUCCUUCCUAUGGACCAUCGAGAGAGAUCCCCCGUCUUACUUCUUUGGCACCAUCCAUGUCCCAUAUACACGUGUCUGGGAUUUUGUCCCAGAGAACUCCAAGAAGGCCUUUCAGCAGAGCCACACUGUGUACUUUGAGCUGGACCUCACUGACCCCUACACCAUCUCAGCUCUCACUAGCUGUCAGCUCCUGCCACAGGGGAGAAACCUUCAGGAUGUGCUGCCCCGUGACAUAUACCGCCGGCUCAAGCGGCACCUGGAGUAUGUCAAGCUCAUGAUGCCAUCUUGGAUGACCCCAGACCAGCAGGGUAAAGGGCUGUAUGCAGAUUACCUCUUCAAUGCCAUUGCUGGCAACUGGGAACAGAAGAGGCCAGUGUGGGUGAUGCUGAUGGUGAACUCUCUGACGGAGGUAGACAUCAAGUCACGAGGUGUGCCUGUCCUAGAUUUGUACCUGGCCCAGGAAGCGGAGCGGCUGGGGAAGCAAACAGGGGCUGUGGAGAAAGUAGAGGAGCAGUGCCACCCACUCAAUGGGCUGAACUUCUCCCAGGUGGUCUUUGCUUUGAAUCAGACUCUCUUGCAGCAGGAGAGCCUCCGAGCAGGCAGUUUCCAGAGCCCCUAUACGACAGAAGACCUUAUCAAGCAUUACAGCUGUGGGGACCUCAGCUCCAUCAUCUUCAACUAUGAUACUUCUCAAGUUCCAAAUUUCAUUAAUGCUACACUUCCAGCCCAUGAACUGAUUACUGCCCAAGAGAUAGACAGAUACUUCCGCCAGGAACUCAUCUACAAGCGGAAUGAGCGAAUGGGCAGGAGGGUGAAGGACCUGCUGGAAGAGUAUCCAGACAAGAGUUUCUUCUUUGCAUUUGGAGCUGGUCACUUCAUGGGCAACAACACAGUGAUUGAUGUUUUGAGGAGAGAAGGGUAUGAGGUAGAACACACUCCAGCUGGACAAGCCAUCAACAACAGAAAACCCCCAAAAAUCUUGGUAGCCUUUUCAUCGUCAUCACUGGCACACAGCUCCUCUGUCUCGUCUCAGGAUCUCCCGCUGCCACUGCACCCCCAGAAGGAGGAUAAAGAAGAGCUCUUGCCCCACCUGCUGCUCCCUUAUAGCAUCGAUGUGCUGGAGAAGGUAGACAGAAAGUAUAAAAAGAAGAAGCAGCAGAAGAAGCGAAGGCUGCGACAGUUUAAUGACCUCUGGGUUCGCCUUGAAGAAAGUGCUACUGAUCCUCCUCCCCAGAUCCGCAUCAUUAAUGGCUACAUCACAGUUGAGCCUCACCCGCAGGGCCACAGGCGGUCUAGUCACACUCAUGCAGACAGUGCCAGUGCUCACUGCCUUUCCUGUUCUCUCUGCCUCCCCCUACUGACUUCAACUUUGUUCGUGAUCAGACUGCAUUGAGACACAAGCAGGUUCACACUGCAGGACUCUCUCCUUAAAGAAUAAAAAGAAAUAAAUAGAAGAUUAUGUGAAAAAAAAAAAAAAAAACAACACAAAAAGAGAAGACUGAGUGGGACACCCACUCUUUGGGGCGAUUUUAAACUGCCUCCUUUUCCUGCAUCUGGAUCAUUAAUACUAUUAACUGGUUUGACCUGCCCAGUGCAGGAGAAGAUACUUUAAUCAAGGUGUUAUUUGUCCUUCUCUUGCAGAAGAAUGGUUUCAUGUUAUCCCAUAAUGCUCUGGGUAGAUGAUAAUGUUGCUAUAACAUAGCUGUUAACUGUAUGAGCCCAACUUAAUUAUACCCUUUUCACCUUUGGUGCCUUGAAAAAUUGUUUACAUACCAUCAACUUGUACAUUAGAAAAGGAAAAUUUGGUCAUCUAAACACAUCUGGGAAACAGAGGUUGGUAUUUUAUGUCUGUACUGGUAGGACUUUCACUUGUUGCAUGUUGUGGCUUCAGGUUACAUGUAGAGGUUCAUGACAACACCUUCUGCAAUAGAAUAAAGCACUAAAGACUUGUCAGAAGAAUGUUUCUACCCUCUGUUUGGUCCUGUUUUAACAUGGGUGCACUGGAACAUCCAGUGGUCAGACAAGUCUUUUAAGCAUAAACUAAUGUACAUUUAGGAAAAUAAGGUGUCUGAAGACCUUCACAAUCAUACUGUUGGAUGCCUUCAAAAUAAGGACUUCCCAACUGCUGAUUUGAGAAGAGCAGAUUCAGGUUUCUCCUCUUUCUACAUCAUAAAUAUAUUGUGAUUUUUUUCCAGUUAGAUUGACUUUUAGGGAGAAAGGUCUUUCUUUUCUUUUUCUGGAUGGGACAUCCUUGCAUGUUUUCAGCUGAUUUUCAAGGAAAUUCUCACAUAUUCUAAACAGUUUCAAAUUCUUCAGGAUCUACUUAGAAUGGACAUGGCAUUGAUUGUUGCAUGGCCAUGGCGAUGAAUGAUUCUGGUUUUGUCUGGUAUAGUUCAUCCAUGGGAGGUUUAGGAACCCAUGUGCUGAGCCAGGUACCUUGGAAAUAUAUCAGUCACCUGCACCCCUGAGUGUCAGAAUGUCCCACCACUUGCUACCUUAUGCACUGGUA